GAAAAAAAUAACAAUAAAAUGCCUAAGGCUUUAGUAACUUUUUGGUGUUGUGUCUUCUUUUCAUUUAGAUUCAUUUUCUUGAAUUCAAAUGCAUCAUCAAUAACAUACAACGUGUUAAAUUUUGGAGCAAAAUCAGAUGGCAAAAGUGAUGCAACUCAACCUUUUUUGAAAGCUUGGGUAGCCGCGUGCACCUCAGUGAAGGCGGCUACCAUUUAUGUUCCACGUGGAAAGUACUUGAUUAAGUCGAUUACUUUUAGAGGGCCGUGCAAAAAUAAAAUUACUGUAAAAAUUGAUGGAACCCUAGUGGCUCCAUCUGAUUAUAAUGCACUUGGCAACUCUGGCUACUGGAUUUUGUUCAUUAAGGUUAACCGGAUUUCGGUCAUCGGAGGAACUCUUGAUGGAAAUGGAGCUGGAUUUUGGGAUUGUAGGAAGUUAGGGAAGAAUUGUCCUGUUGGAGCUAGGUCUAUAACCUUCAACUGGGCAAAUGAUGUUGUGGUUAGUGGUUUAACAUCACUCAACAGCCAGUUAAUGCACUUGGUGAUUAAUAGUUGCAAGAAUGUUAUGGUUAAAAAUGUAAGAAUAAUAGCACCUGAUUUUAGUCCAAAUACUGAUGGAAUUCAUAUACAAUCUUCAAUUGGUGUUAUUAUUAGUGGCACAAGUAUUCAAACUGGAGAUGAUUGUAUAUCUAUUGGUCCUGCCACAAGAAAUCUUUGGAUGAACAAGAUUCAAUGUGGCCCUGGACAUGGUGUUAGCAUUGGAAGUCUAGCUAGAAAUUAUAAUGAAGAUGGCGUACAAAAUGUGACAUUAAUUAAUUCAGUGUUUACUGGAUCUGAUAAUGGAUUAAGGAUAAAGUCUUGGGCAAGGGCCAGCACCGGUUUUGUCACAAAUAUUAAUUAUCAAAAUAUUAUGAUGAAGAAUGUUGAUAAUCCAAUCAUUAUUGAUCAAAACUACUGCCCAAACAACCAAGGCUGUCCUAGCCAGGCUUCAGGCAUAAAGAUCAAUCAAGUGACAUACCAAAAUAUAUUUGGAACAUCAACAACACAAGUAGCAAUGAAUUUUGAAUGCAGUCCAAGCAAUCCAUGUAGUGAAAUCAAAAUACAAGACAUAAAACUUACUUAUUUGAAUAACAAAAAAGCUCAAUCUAUUUGCAAAAAUAUUAAAGGAAAUACUGAAGGAGUUAUUUUGCCUGAUAAUUGUUUAUUGUAACCCAACCUUUGGGUUUUUUUUAUUUUCAUUUUGGGAGGAAAGAGGCACAUGCUGGGACCAUUCUUUUUCUAUUGGAUUCCAAAUUGUUGUGCUAAUUAUUUAGCGGUAAUAAUCUAAUUGUUUGUUAUAUUAUUUUUAGCAAUAAUUAUGGAUAUUAGUAUUUAUAAUUUAUACUAAUUUAUAUAAAUGCAACUAAAGACUUUAGAGAUUCAGAAUACAAUAACAUCAACUCAAAUGCCGCUAAAUGCUUUUACAACAAUACAAAUAAAAAAUUUGUUACUACUAAAUACCGCUUUUGUUGUGAUGUAUUUG